AUACAGCUGGCCACCACCCUCCAUCCUCCUCACAUAAAAACCCCCGUUUGAACGCCACUUGUUCAUAACUUUCUGCCACCACCGACUCUCCCAAUUCCUUCCUUGGUAGCCUCUCUUCCCAGUCCAGCCACCCUUCCACCACCACCACCAGAAGUCGACAUGGGUAGGAAGCUGGACGCUCUGCUAGGAAGAGGCUUCAAGACAGCCAAGUUCAAGGCUUUGGUUAAUCUUGCCAUCUCUCGUCUUGCUGUUCUCAAGAACCAGCGCCAAGUCCGCUCUUCUCAGGCUCGCUCCGACGUCGUUCAACUACUUAACCUUGGCCAUUAUGAACGUGCUCUCCUUCGCGUAGAGCUUGUAAUCAAAGAGCAGAACAUGUUGGAUGCUUUUGUUAUAAUUGAAAGCUACUGUCAUCUUUUGAUCGAAAGGGCAUUCCUCAUUGCAAAUGACAAAGAAUGCCCAGAUGAGCUGAAGGAGUCAAUCUCGACCAUAAUUUUUGCGGCUUCAAGAUGUGGGGAGUUCCCAGAAGUGCAAGAGAUUCGUAACAUUUUCACAUCGCGAUAUGGAAAGGAAUUCGCUUCUCGAGCUGUUGAGUUACGUAACAAUUGUGGAGUGAAUCCCAGGAUCAUUCAGAAAUUCUCAACUAGACAACCCAGUUUGGAGAACAGAAUGAAGUUGCUAAAAGAAAUUGCUUCUGAGAAUGGAAUCACUCUUAAGCUUCAAGAAGAGGAGGUGAAGGUGGAAGUGAACCAGAAGCAGAACGAAGUACAUGAUUUGACAGAGGGAAUAGAGAGAUCAGAGGAGAAAUAUUUCUCUGAAUCCAUGAAGCCAGGGAAACAAUACACAGAUGUUGUUUCUGCAGCUCAAGCAGCUUUUGAAUCUGCAGCUUAUGCAGCAGCAGCAGCAAGGGCUGCAGUGGAACUCUCAAGAGAAAAAUCACAGGACAUAAACGAUCCAAGUAGUCUACUUGAGAAGAUCCACCCCACUGAAUCCUCUCCUUCAGAAUCUUCUGAUUCCGAAGGUGAUGAACCACCGGCGAAAAGCCACAGGGAAAUUCAAAUCAAAGAAUCUGAAGAGAGGAAGAACAAAGCAGAGCUGGCAAGAUCAGUGUCUGCUUCUAGUUCUGGUUCUUCAAUUGAAGGCACUUUUGUGGAGAACAAGAAGACUUCAAAUCAGAAACCAGGGGAGUCUGCUUAUGAUCCAAGCGAUGAUGAGAUAAAGAGGGAAGAGGAGGGAGUUUUUGAUGAGAGUGAUGAUGAGGCAAAGCUUGAAGAGGGUAUAAUUUUAUGGUCUCAGGAUAGCCAAUUGGGGUUCAAUGAGAAGUCAAGCUUUGCCGGAAAUGAAUUCCGGCGAACGCAAUUGUCGACGGCCACUGUAACAAAUAAAGAUCACUCAGAUUUGGAUGCCAGUAGAAUUAAGCAGAGCCCUUUGAGAUCUCAAGAUUAUCUGCAUAGGAAACUUUACACCAAUAAGGUAGUGAUGGGAUCAGGGAAUGAAGAUGAUGAUCCCGUUCCCAUGGAAAGCAAAAAAAGCUUGUAUUUUGAGGAUCAGGUAUCUGCACCUCGAAUGAAGAUAGGAAUGAAGCCUGUUUCUGUGAGGACUAGGAGAGCAUAAGAGUCUGUGGGGGAAGCAUUUCAGAGUAAAAGGAAGAGUUUGUUGAUAGAAGAAGCUUUAAGAAAUUCAAUUAUGUCUUAUUUAUGAGUGUAUAAUAUAUAGUUGAGUUGGGUUUUCCAUAUCAUUUAUGACCAUGUACAGAGCUAUAUAGGCCUACCAUGUGUGUGUCAAUUUUGUAUAAUUCAGCUGAAAAACAAAAGAUUGAAGAGGAAAUAUUUUCAAGUUUUGAAGA